AUAGUCUAGUUCUAUGUGAAAAUAUAAAUAAGGACCAUCAUGACAUCUUAAUAUUUAAAAUGACAAACGAUAAUUUCUCCAGAGAUUUCAUCCUCUCCAAAGCAUAGGCUUCACCAUCUCCUUAUAUCAGAAGAGACAUAGACCACUGUGGGGUGGUGGGUGGUACAUUCUUGCUAUUUGAGCAUUUGGAAGGCUAAGGCAAGAGGAUUCCUGUCAGAUACUGGUCACUCUGUCACGCAUUCCUGACAGCAGUGCCUAGUGACAACAGCCGCUUAAUCUUUCUCAGGUUGUUGCCUACAUGCUUGGAAGUAGAUUUGCUGAAGGCAAGGGCACUUUUCUGGGCAGGGCGAGUUGAGCACACUCUGGGGAUUUGGGUUGUUGAUGGGUUGACUUUAGGGAGAUACUUGAGAGCCAGCUAUUUUUUGCUACUAGCUUUUCAGCAUUAAUAGUAUUUCAGAACAUGGAGACAUGGGCACAUUCUGAGAUUUCUUACUUUGAUAAGCCAUUCAGUGAAUUCAAGGAAAUUUAAUGUUUAAGACAAAAACACCAGGAAAGUAAAGGAGAUUAAAAAUAACCUCAUGUCAGGUCUUAUAAUAGAAUCCACACUUGCCUAGAGCAGCUUUGCAGCUUUCUUCCUUGCUGUUGUGAGCUUAUCUGCUAUAGAAUUUUCACUGUUUUGUGUAAUAAAGGAAAGAUUAUGUAAUCACUUUAGAGACAACCUGUUAGCCUUAGGCUUAGGAAUUGAGACUGUAAGUUUGGGAUGUUUGUACCCAAAGCUAGGGAGGGCGUACAAAAGAAUGAAAGGUAAAGAGCAAGAGAAGACCUUAGAUGUCAAGUCCACUAAAGCUUCAGUAGCCGUACAUUCCCCACAAAAAAGCACUAAAAAUCAUGCCUUGCUGGAGGCUGCAGGACCAAGUCAUGUUGCAAUCAAUGCCAUUUCUGCCAACAUGGACUCCUUUUCAAGUAGCAGGACAGCCACGCUUAAGAAACAGCCAAGCCACAUGGAGGCUGCUCAUUUUGGAGACCUAGGUAGAUCCUGUCUGGAGUAUCAGACUCAAGAGACCAAAUCCAGUCUUUCAAAGACCCUUGAACAAGUCUUGCGUGACACUGUUGUCCUUCCAUAUUUCCUUCAGUUUAUGGAACUUCGGAGAAUGGAGCACCUGGUUAAAUUUUGGUUAGAGGCUGAAAGUUUUCACUCUACAACGUGGUCCCGAAUAAGAGCACACAGUCUAAACACAGUGAAGCAGAGUUCACUGGCUGAGCCUGUCUCUCCAUCUAAAAACCAUGAAACUCCAGAAUCUUCUGUAACUGAGUCUCUUGACAGGAGGUUGGGGGAUUCUAGCUCAGCCCCACUGCUUGUGACUCAAUCAGAAGGAACUGACCUGAGUGGUGGAACUCAGAACCCUCAGAAUCACUUGCUGCUUUCCCAGGAACGCCACAGUGCCCGUUCUCUCCAUCGUGAAGUGGCCAGAACAGGAAGUCAUCAGAUGCCCACCGACUCCCAAGACUCCUCUUCCAGACUUGCAGUAGGCAGUAGAAACAGUUGCUCUUCUCCACUGAGAGAACUGUCAGAAAAACUAAUGAAAAGUAUAGAACAAGAUGCAGUGAAUACUUUUACCAAAUAUAUAUCUCCAGAUGCUGCUAAGCCAAUACCAAUUACAGAAGCCAUGAGAAACGACAUCAUUGCAAAGAUUUGUGGAGAAGAUGGACAGGUGGAUCCCAACUGUUUCGUUCUGGCACAGGCUGUAGUCUUUAGUGCAAUGGAGCAAGAGCACUUUAGUGAGUUUCUGCGAAGUCACCAUUUCUGUAAAUACCAGAUUGAAGUGCUGACCAGUGGGACUGUUUACCUGGCUGAUAUUCUCUUCUGUGAGUCAGCCCUCUUUUAUUUUUCUGAGUACAUGGAAAAAGAAGAUGCAGUGAAUAUCUUACAAUUCUGGUUAGCAGCGGAUAAUUUCCAGUCUCAGCUUGCUGCCAAAAAGGGCCAGUAUGAUGGACAGGAAGCUCAGAAUGAUGCCAUGAUUUUAUAUGACAAGUACUUUUCCCUCCAAGCCACACACCCCCUUGGAUUUGAUGAUGUUGUACGAUUAGAAAUUGAAUCUAAUAUCUGCAGGGAAGGUGGACCACUUCCUAAUUGUUUCACAACUCCAUUACGUCAGGCCUGGACAACCAUGGAGAAGGUCUUUUUGCCUGGUUUUCUGUCCAGCAAUCUUUAUUACAAAUAUUUGAAUGAUCUCAUCCAUUCAGUUCGAGGAGAUGAAUUUCUUGGAGGGAAUGUUUCUCUGGCUGCUCACGGCUCUGUCUGCCUUCCUGAGGAGUCUCACUCAGGUGGUUCUGAUGGCUCCACUGCUCAGUCUAGUGUGAAAAAAGCCAGUAUUAAAAUUCUGAAAAAUUUUGAUGAAGCAAUAAUUGUGGAUGCUGCAAGUCUGGACCCAGAAUCUUUAUAUCAACGGACAUAUGCAGGGAAGAUGUCCUUUGGGAGAGUUAGUGACUUGGGGCAGUUCAUCCGAGAGUCUGAGCCUGAACCUGAUGUGAAGAAAUCAAAAGGAUUCAUGUUCUCACAAGCUAUGAAGAAGUGGGUGCAAGGAAAUACGGAUGAGGCCCAAGAAGAGCUAGCUUGGAAGAUUGCAAAAAUGAUAGUGAGUGAUGUUAUGCAGCAGGCACACCAUGAUCAACCACUAGAGAAGUCUACAAAGCUAUGACUCGAAACCAGAGAUAAGGAAAUCUGAUUUUGAAAAAAUAAGAACUUUCCCCUUUGGUUGGAUUCUUCAACACAGCCGAUGAAAACGGAGCACUGCAUUUCUUUUCACUGCUAGAUCACUGUUGUUUCCAGGAAAAGUGGGAGACAGUCCAAGAGUGGUUGUUAAAUGUAGAUGUAGAUGACACACAUGACAGUAACACAGUGAGUCCCGAGAUACAAAGUGGUGGUGGUGACUUACUAGACCGUUAGGUUUCCAGUGGCCACGCCCACUGGAGUAGACAGGGACCACAUGCUUGCAGCAGAUUACUUCCUCAGCUGUGUCAGAAAGCAUGACAGAGGUGCUUCAUUCUUGUCUCCUAGAGGUCACAGGUGAGUCAGCCCUGCCUGGAGCGAGCAUCUCCAAGUGGCAGUGUGGGCCAGCAGCCUGUGGAGCAGAGGACAAUUCCUUGCGUAGUCUUCCUUCACAGAAGCAUUAAUUUAGAAAGCUGGCAAGUCGUGGGUCAAGCCUCGGUGAUGCAUCCUUCUCUUCGCUGACAGAACACACUGUUCACAUUUCCUUCACUCCCGAGGUGAUAUAUCCUUAAAGCUAGUCCUUCCUCUGCUGACAAGAGGGCGAGUUUAGUUUACUUUGAGCAUCAAGACCCAUUCCGCUAUCGGAAUGCUAUGCUCCAGACACUUCAUUCCCUCUUCAGAAUACACAUGGAAAAAAUGAGCACUCCAGUUUUUCCCAUGUGGUCCUUAGAACACAUUCACAAAAUUGGUUUUAUUUUUUAAUAAGGUGGGGACAGAAGCACUCCCUUAUGGGUGUCUCCCCAAUUCUUCACUGUGAGUGGGAAAUGUGCAGUUGCCUUUUCCCUCCCUGUCGUAAGACAGUAGGAGACUCACUCAAUGCCCUUCUGCUUAGUUGGCUUUGCACUUGCGGCACAGCCGUGGGUGGGGCCACCCCGAUGGCAAGCACACUCCCCCAGCCUCACGGUGCCAGUGCUCCCUUGUGUGUAACAGCUCAGAGAGAAAGGAAGUUUUCUUAGGUGUUACUGCUUUUGCUCAGAAUAUGCAAAAGGGUGUGUGUGUGUGUGUGUGUGUGUGUGUGUGUAUGUACACACAUGUACAUAUAUAAUUAUUAAUCACCUCUGUCCUUGGGGAAAGUCUUGAAUGAACAGAAAAUUUAUUUCAUUGCAAUAUUGAUUGUACAGAGGCACACUGUUCAACAGAAGAAGCAAAAAGGCUGUGUAUAAGUUUUUGGUACUAUGUACCAUCUCUGUUAUUCUGAAGUAUUCAUGUACUUAAACCAUAUUCUAUUUAAUUGUGUUUGAUUUUAAAUAUAUAUAUAUAUAUGAAUUAUAUUUAAAAUGGUGUCAACUUCCUGCUUUCAGGGCAUUUCUGGCUCUCCUGUUGAAGUAUAUUGACCCUUCCUAAUAUUUCCACUUGUUUUACAAAACUCCAGAACAUGAUCCCCAAUUGGACAUAGCCUUGUGUUUGGGUGUAGACAUAGACAUGAGGUUUUAAUUAGUGUAUGUGCUGUUGUGGCUUAUUCUGUUCUUUUAACAAAGUAUUUCUCUCCAUUUUACAUUGCUUCAAACUUUAAGUAAAAGGCAACAUAAAGA